AUGACGUCCACCGGCUUCUACACGCUCGGCGACGGCACUUCCGAGCUACUGCGGACGCUGUACGAGAGCGUGGACACUGCCGCCGACGGUGCCGAUGCAGCGCCCAAUUCUCCAGUGUAUCUAGGCGACUCUCGCCGUGAAAAGAACGAGAUGGAGACGCGUGCGGAGCCUGUGGAGCACAAGGGAAUUCGUCUCCACCAUUGGGUCAUUGGCUCCAACAAGACCCAUAUUACGCCCAUUGACACUGUGGACGACAUCGGCCAAGCGGCUAAGCUGACGCCGCCCGAGAUGGUGUUUGGCAAGAACCAGCUGGUGCUUUACCACGAGCUCUCGGGCGUGUGCUACAGCUUCUUGGCAGUCGAAGCGCUGAAGGGCGCACACUUUCCUCCGCCAGUCAGUGACCAAGCGGCGGACAUUGUGGCCAACAAGCAGCUCAAGGUCGCUAUUGCCAAGCACAACGCCAACAAGGAGGACGUGAAAGAGCUGGACAUUACGUACGACUGGACGUACACGACCGACUACAAGGGCUCGCUCCAACGCUUGACAAAGUCGAAGAGCUCGCCAAGUACAUUGACGAGCAGUGACGACGAAGUCAAGAUUGAGGCUACAGCCGAUCGCAUUGAUUAUGAAAAGCUAAAAGAGCGCGAGCCUAUUCUUUGGUUCGAAGAUGUCAGUCUAUACGAAGACGAGCUUCACGACCAUGGCGUUUCGGCCAUGUCGGUGAAAGUGCGCGUCAUGGCUUCAGGAUUCUACGUGUUGUCACGCUACUGGAUGCGGCUGGACCACGUCAUCGUACGUCUGCACGAGACGAGGAUUCACCAUCUCUUCGGUAGCAACCACUUUGUGCGCGAGUACACGCGGAAAGAAGACCACUUUGACACGCUGUUCUCCAAGGGCCAUUCGAAAAACAUGGCCAACUAUACGAACAUCGACACGUACCAGCACCUCUUGUCUGUGCGUGAAGCAGUGUACGAGAAGGUCUGGCUGCAGUAA